GGCAAUCCAGAGAAAACAAUAGCCGAGUGGGUAAGCGUGAUAAGGGCAAUGGAUAGAAAAGGCUUCAGGUCGCCGUGCCCUUUCGCCUUGCACUUGUAUGAUAUGGAGAAUUAUCCAUGAUAGUAUGGACGAUCGCACGCAAUUCGUCCCCCGCCAUUCCGGACGGAAUGUCCUCCCUUGCACACCUUUGUUCAGUCGCCUUCUUCGGCUUGCUCAUCGAUCCUCGAAAGUCGCGAUAAGAGAUUGUCGAGCAAAUGUUACACGGACACAUGUUCAAUUGCUCUCGGAUGUCCUCGCCCUUCGCGAAACCUUGAUCAAUUCACUAGACCAUCGAACUCGUGAGGCCCUCGACAAUGGCGAAGAUGUCUAUAUUGCGGUCCUGGCACUUGGAAGCUAUGAAUAUGCCGUCGCGGUACUGGCGGUGCUGGCCGCAGGCGCAGCUGCGGUUCCCCUCACGACGGCGCUCCCAGUCGACGAGGCGGUAUACUUUGUCAAGAAAUCGGGCUCCGUCGCGAUCUUAGCACAUUCGAAUGCCAUGGAGCUUGGACAACGACUGGAAGCAAAGAUCGUGCAAGAGGGCGACCCGAAAUUCCAAUGCAUACCGAUUCAACCGGCACUGUUCUCGACCACCAUCGAUCCCUUUGACAUCCUCGUUUCGUCCGAUCUGUAUCUCGAUGAAAAUGGGCCCGGGAUUGUGAUUUUCACAUCUGGUACGACCGGACCUCCCAAGGGCGCCGUCAUGCGGAGGUCAUAUGUGUUUGACGGGGCGAUCGCGGUCGCCGAACACUAUGCGUUGACGGAGGCAGAUGUCAUGCUCCACGUUCUACCCGUACACCACGCCACGGGGGUGGGUAUUACCUUCUUUCCCUUCCUCGUUUCCGGCUGCACCAUUGAGUUCCGCAGCGGAAGUUUUGACGAAAAAUGGUUGUGGGAUCGAUGGAGAGAAGGGGCUCGGGACCCCCAACGACGGCUCACCUUCUUCUCCGGCGUCCCAACGAUAUACAUGAGGAUGAGACGAUACUAUCAGCGAGUGCUCAGCAAACUGGCUCCUGCACAUCUUGCCGAGUAUGUUGCUGGGGCUAGACAGUUUCGUGCUUGUCUCUGCGGCACCUCUGCACUGCCGUAUCCGAUCAAUCAGUUUUGGAUGGAACUCAUGCAGAAGAAAAUUGUCCAACGAUAUGGGGCCACGGAAUUCGGCGCUAUCUUCAAGGUCCGAUUAGGGUCCGCCGACGAAGUACCGGAAGGCUCUGUUGGCGAGAGGGUUCCUGGGAUCGAUAUUAAACUCUCCGAUGGAGAUGAAGGUGAAGUUCUCGUUAAAAGUCCUCACAUGUUUUCCAAAUACCUGGGUGAUCCGGAAGCGACCGCGAAAGCGCAUGACAAGGAAGGCUACUUUCGGACAGGAGACCUUGCGAGACGCCAAGGGAAACAUUAUUUCAUCAUCGGCCGAGCAUCAAUGGAUAUUAUAAAAUCUGGCGGCUAUAAAAUCUCCGCUCUUGAUAUUGAGCGGGAAAUCCUGGCCCUACCUUACGUAUCCGAAAUCAUGGUUGUUGGAGUCGAAGAUAUAGAGUUCGGACAACGCGUUGCGGCCCUGAUCGCGCUACAAGAGGAGGAAAUUUCGGAAGAAUUUUUGAAAACGCAUGGUGACGGCAAGAAGGUGGAAUUGACGAUUGACAAUUUGAGACGAGAUUUAAGGGAUCGGCUGGCAGGAUAUAAGAUGCCGACAUUACUUCGAAUUGUUAAGGGCGAUUUUCCAAAGACCGCAUCAGGAAAGGUCUUGAAGAAGCUGCUCGGACCACGCUUCUUCCCUCCAAACUACCUCGAGACUCCUGAGGUGCAAGUGUGGAAAUCAUCGAAACCUCCAGAUAACCUUGCCAAGUUAUAGACGUGAUGGAUAGAC